CUGGAGGACGAGCUGCUCGCUCUGCAGAAGAAGCUGAAGGGAACGGAGGAUGAACUGGAUAAGUUCUCCGAGGCCCUCAAGGACGCUCAGGAGAAACUGGAACUGUCGGAGAAGAAGGCCACAGAUGCCGAGGGCGAGGUGGCGUCUCUGAACCGGCGCAUCCAGCUGGUGGAGGAGGAACUGGACCGAGCUCAGGAGAGACUGGCCACAGCCCUGCAGAAACUGGAGGAGGCUGAGAAGGCAGCAGAUGAAAGUGAAAGGGGCAUGAAGGUCAUCGAGAACAGAGCCAUGAAAGACGAGGAGAAGAUGGAGAUUCAGGAGCUGCAGCUGAAAGAGGCCAAACACAUUGCCGAGGAGGCCGACCGCAAAUACGAGGAGGUUGCUCGCAAGCUGGUGAUCCUCGAGGGGGACCUGGAGAGGGCGGAGGAGAGGGCGGAAAUCGCUGAAUCGAAGUGUAACGACCUGGAGGAAGAGCUCAAAAACGUCACCAACAACCUGAAGUCUCUAGAGGCUCAGUCUGACAAGUACUCUGUGAAAGAAGACAAGUACGAAGAGGAGAUCAAAGUCCUGAAUGACAGGCUUAAGGAGGCGGAAACCCGCGCAGAAUUUGCUGAAAGGACAGUGGCAAAGCUCGAGAAGACCAUAGAUGACUUAGAAGAGAACCUUUCACGAGCGAAAGAAGAAAACGUAGGAAUGCACCAAGUCCUGGACCAAACUCUGCAGGAGCUCAACAGCUUGUAAAACAUCAAAAAGAACAUCCAGUAAAAAAGAGCAACAAACUUUUUUUUUGUUUUGUUUUUUUGUAAAAGAAAUUUUCUACAUCAUGCCAUCCAUUGUAAUUUCACUCCUACCUUUGUUAAACAUAUGUAGCCCAUUUAUAUAUUUAUGGUUCUUUUGUUUCUUUUUUUUUUUCUUUUUUUAAUGGUUUCGGGUCCAAACAAUUUCAGUAUUGGUGCUAGAAAUUGUGUUUUAGACCGAACUCCGAGCACAAAUAAAGCUCAUGAUCAUGUCAAAGUGU